UGAGAAACUGAAAGUGUAAAUAAGGACUAAAAGGUAUAACAGAUAAUGUGAAAUAGGAAGAAAAGGCUUGCUUCUUGUAGGCAGGUAUCCUUACAGGUAACUACAUUUCAGCUUUCUUUGUUCUAAACCAGUUACUUCUUCACUUUAGAGCAUGUAAAUAUUUUGCUAUCUCACAUCUACUGUUGGCACCUUAUUUUCUUUCUCCUUAUGGAUCUGUAUUUUUAAAAACAUUUUUAGCAAGUUUUCAUGGGGCUCCAGCAAUGAGUCAAGAAAAAAACUUGUGAUCAAUCUGGUAUGUUCAAUUAAAAGUUGCUUUUGUCUUCUCUAAACUUUAUUUUGACACAAUUUUAUUCACGGCUGCUUUAAAAAUUGAGUCCAGUAAUAAUUCCAAGUAAACUUGAUUCCUCAUGACUCAUCUCUAGUAACUUUCCUAAUAUUGUAAUCUGUAGAAUUCUUAUUUUAUUGGAGCUUAAUGUGGCCCAGUGUCUUUUUCUAGUUCAGUUUAUAUUGUCCUUUGUUUCUUGCGUGCCUUCUUUGCACUCUCAACCUUGUUGCAGGUAGAUCUCCACUUUCUCUUAAAUCUCCUUCAUUGAUCUUCACAAGCAGAUGCAGAGAGGAGAAAUGAGUUGGAAGAAAGCUGUCUGAGGACUCUUGGACUCUGGUGGUCACCAGUGGCCCCCGGCCAUUAAACACCCUUCAUUCAUUCAGAACUUAGCAAGUUGCUAGGGCAGGUCCUGAGGGUAGAGGGCUCACUGUGAGAAGCACAGCCAGGGAAGAAAACACCUUGCCUUCUAGAUCCAAGUCAGGGUCCCAAGGCCAGAGAACAGAGGGUGGCUGGGAUAUGGGCAUGUGGGCCAUGUGCCAUGGUGAGGAAGAGAGAGCAGUGAGCAGUCUUGGGUGAGACCAUGUGUGACCAUGGGAUGGCAGAACUCGGGAAACUUGGGAGAGAGGGUCAGUGUGCUGGGCUGUCCACAAUCCAUUCACUCUGGGCUGGGCUCCCUCUAGUAACCAUGGUGAUCCUUGGCAACCUCUACCUACUGGCGUUCACAUCAUACUGGCUUGUCACUGUGUUCAUUUGCAUCUGGCUGGCUUUUGACUGGAAGACCCCUGAGCGAGGUGGCCGCCGAUUCAACUGUGUAAGGCAGUGGAGACUGUGGAGACACUACUGCAAUUACUUCCCUAACAAGCUUUUGAAGACUCGUGAUAUCUCCCCCAGCCACAACUACAUCCUUGUUUGCCACCCUCAUGGGCUCAUGUCUCAUGCAUGCUUUGGCAAUUUUGCCACUGAAGCCACGGGCUUCUCCAAGAUCUUUCCUGGCAUCACCUCCUAUACGCUCACACUAGGAGCCUUUUUCUGGUUGCCUUUCUUGAGAGACUAUGUAAUGUCUGCAGGGAUCUGCUCUGUGAGCCAAUCCUCCAUGGACUUUCUGCUUACCCAUAAAGGCAAAGGAAACAUGCUCAUUGUGGUGGUUGGUGGCCUGGCUGAGUGCAGAUACAGCCUGCCAGGGUCUUCCACCCUGGUCUUGAAAAACCAAUUCGACUUUGUGCGCAUGGCCCUUCGGCACGGGGUGGCUCUAAUCCCUGCCUAUUCCUUUGGGGAGACAGAACUCUACAAUCAGCACAUUUUCAGUCCUGGGGGAUUGGUCAACUGCUUCCAGAAGUGGUUCCAGAGUCUAGUACACAUCUACCCUUGUGCUUUCUAUGGGCGUGGCUUCACCGAGAACUCCCGGGGCUUUCUGCCCUAGGCUCAGUCUAUAACCACCAUUGACGGGGAGCCUCUAUCACUGCCCAAGAUUGAGAACCCAAGCCAGGCAGAUGUGACUAAGUACCACGAACUCUAUAUUGAUGCCCUACGUAAACUGUUUGACAAGCAUAAGACCAAAUUUGGAAUCUCAGAGACCCAGGAGCUGGAGAUAAUUUGACACUCAUCCCCAGCAGCCUCACAGCCUUGCUGGAAGGUGAAGAACUGGUAGAAAUAGGAGGACAAGUUCCGUUUGGGCUUCCACUCCUAAUAUGACCAGUCUUCAUUACAGGGUGGGGGGGCUGUCCAUCUGCUUUUUUUGGUACCCAUUUUUUCCACUUCUUUCUCUUAGCUCUUACCUUUUCCUUGGGGAUAUGACCCUAAGAGGUCCUAGGGGAGAGGUGUCCUGAAGGCUCCUUCAUGGGGGCACCAAAAUUGAGGAAACCAGUGGACAGAAUAAAA